AAAAUCAAAAACACUACUUUUAAACAUAAGUAGUUAAUUCUAAGAAGAUUUGUAAGGUGUAUUUUUGAUCAUAAUAAGAGAAGAAUUAAUUAAUGGCACAAACGGUGGGAAGGAACGUGGCAGCACCAUUGUUGUUUCUGAACUUGGUGAUGUAUUUUAUAACUUUGGGAUUUUCUGCUUGGUGUCUUAACAAGUUCAUUAAUCGACAGACUAAUCACCCUAGUUUUGGAGGUAAUGGUGCAACGGAGUUUUUCUUGGAGUUUGCAAUAUUGGCGUCGGUUCUUGGGAUCGUGUCGAAGUUUGCUGGCGGGAAUCAUUUGAGGGCGUGGAGGAAUGAUAGUCUCGCAGCUGCCGGUUCGACUUCUUUGAUGGCUUGGGCCGUCACUCUUCUUGCUUUCGGGUUGGCAUGCAAGGAAAUAAGUGUAGGGGGGCAUAGGGGCUGGAGGCUAAAGAUAGUGGAGGCGUUUAUCAUAAUCUUGACCGUCACCGAGCUUCUUUACGUGUUGUUGGUCCACGCCGGGCUUUACAGCAGCCGGUACGGCCCAGGUUACCGUGACACAGACUACGGAAUGGGAACACAUCCUGGUGACACUGGCAUUAAAGGAACCACUGGCGUUACUGGCACCAGGGUCUAAUAUAUAUAUACGUACGUAUAUAUUUUCUAUCUAUGCAAGUAAAUAAAAAAAAAAUGUAAUGUUUUGUUGUUGUUCGUUUGUGUGGAUUCUGACUAGCUUUUGAUGAAUGUAUGUUAUUUGGUUGAUAUAUUGAUCAAUUCGGAAAUGGAUUUUAAUUA